UCCACUGUAGACAUGAUUUACCCUCUGAUUCUCUCUGGGAUUUUACUUCACAUCUCAGAUGGUGCUGGAAUCGAGAAAAUGAAUAUAGGAGUGAAAUCUGGAUCACCUGGCAUUAUUCCAUGUCUAUAUGAUAAAAAACAUACAGAAAACCGUAAAUACUGGUGUAAGGGGAUGUAUUGGGUCUCUUGCGAAAUACUGAAAUAUGCAAAUGAGACAGGAAAAUAUUCCCUCACUGAUUAUCCAAACCAGAGUAUUUUUACAGUGCAGUGGAAGAAUCUGCAGACCUCAGACUCUGGAUAUUACUGGUGUGCUGUGGAGAUCGGUGGCCCAGACGACGGUUAUUAUUUGUAUCUGACGGUACAAUCAGUUCCUGAUGUGUCUGUGGUGAGCAGCAGUGUAUCUGGACAUGAAGGUGGUGAUAUCAGUGUUCAGUGUCUCUACAGUUCUGGAUAUAAGAAUGCAGUCAAACAGUGGUGCAGAAUUAAAGAUAAAAGAUGUUACAACGAGGGGAGGACUGACACAUCCCAGAAUCCAUCAGUCCAAAUCACUGAUGACAGGAGAAGAUCCUUCACUGUGCUGAUGACUGGACUGAGACUGACUGAUUCUGGCUGGUACUGCUGCUCUGUAGGAGACUGGCAGGUUCCUGUUCAACUCACGGUCACUAAACCCAAACAAGCACCUACAACUAUUCCAGCAACUAAACCAUCUGGCUCUAAGACAGACAUGCACACAACGCAGUCAUCAGCCAACACCAAUACUAUAACUAUAACUACUGAAUCAAGACCUGAGACACACAUGCGUGAUGUGAUUCUGGCCGUGUGUCUUCUAGUGAUGCUUGUGCUGUUACUGCUUGUUACUCUUGUUGCCAUAGUAACUUGGAGACUGAGAAAGAAGCAGAAGAGGAGUCAAAAUAGAGAAGAACAUCUCAACAGCACCAGAAAUGCAAUGCCCUGUGAAAACCAAAUGACAUCCAACAGUCCAGCAGAUGCUACUUCUUCUGCCUCAGUGGAUGAGAGUUCAGUGAUUUACAGUUCUGUGAUUCAUAAAGCACCUUCAUCAUCUGUGAAUUCAGAAGGUGAAGUGAUCUACAGCGCUGUGAAAAAAACACCCAAGGCUUUGAGUUCAUAA